CGGCGGCAUCGGAAAUACUUCACUAGUACAGAGAGAAAGGCGGAUCCCUUCGACUAUUGCUCUCUUUGAAACUUAUUUUAACAAAUUAUACGUACCCUGUCUACACCUGCACGUGCCAGGUGUUUGUCCUUAGUUAUUAUUUGAUUCUUGAAAGUUGGAACUUACACUGCUGCAGCGAUCUGUUGUGCAGCACAAGAACAUGGGUGAUAAAGAAUUGAUGUGGGCCUUGAAAAAUGGAGACCUGGACGAGGUUAAAACCCUUCUCGUGAAGGCGGAGGAUGUUAACCGAACCCUGGAAGGGGGUAGAAAGCCACUGCACUACGCCGCUGACUGUGGCCAGGCUGAGAUGCUUGAGUUUCUGCUCUCCAAGGGAGCUGACGUCAACGCUGCAGACAAACACGGCAUCACUCCCCUGCUUUCUGCCACUUAUGAGGGCCACCUCGCCUGCGUCAAGCUCCUACUAGAAAAGGGAGCCGACAAAGAGCGGAAAGGACCGGACGGCCAGAGCGCCUUCGAAGCUGCAGAGAGUGAUGCCAUCAAGGCUCUCCUCAAGUGAGACGCUCUAGGAAGGGCAGAAGAGAUGGAUGGAUGAAUGGAUGGAUGGACGAACAGACAGACGGAUAGACGCGGUGUUCCCUGGACAGCCAAGAGGCAUACACACCUUUUCCCGCCCUCCAGCCUGUCUUGGCACUGCUUUUGUCUGUUUGUAGGGUUCAGUUCGGUUUUCAGUUUUCAUUGAUUUAGAAUUUUAUUUUGUAUGUUUAUUUUAUUUUCUUCCUCUUUUCACCUUGUCUUUUAGUAGUAAUUGAAUUGAAUGGAUGGACUUAUUAUCCUGUUUCCCUUAGGGACCAAACACUGAGGGACAUAAGCCACACCUGGACCUGAAAACAGCACUCUAAACAAAAAGAAAAACAAGCUUAAUACUUCACUUUCACAGUUCACCGUUUUGCGCACAGUACUUUUCCUUAGCAAAAACAAACCGAUUCAAUAGUAAUUCCACAAUGUGUUUUUGUUUAAUUUUGUUUUCCACAGCAAUAUUAAAGUUGUCGUAUGGCCCUCUGGUUGUAGUUAUGCAAACAUCAGCUAUAGAUAUUGUACAUUAGGAAAAUAAGAUGGUUGAAAAGACUCCAUUAUCUCACGUAGGUGGCCUCCUCUUUUCCACUGUAGUAUGUGUUGACCAGACCGGCUCACUAUUAUUAUUAUUGAUUUUAAGCGUUUGUCUGGUGGGGGUAGGUCAUCAUUUCUUUCCCAAGGCAACCUAACUGCUUUACAUAUCACCGUAGUGAGUUCAUGAUCACCAUAGCAGCAUAUAACCACAUCCCCACUUGACCAAUCGCCACGUUGGCAAAUUAAAAUAAAGAAAUCAGUGUUGUGAUAUUGCGCCAUCCGUUUCUGUCCAGAUAAAUGACUUGAAAACAUAACAGAGACGGUAAAAGGCAGGGCUUUUUCGAGGAUGCAUUUAUUUCUCUUUUAAGUGAAUUUGUUUUGAACGCUGCUCUGGUCUGAAAUCCUCGGUCGCUGCUGCCUGUCUGUGUUUUUGUACUCCGUGAAUCUGGCAGGUUCUGAACAGUGAGGUUAUUGGAUCAAGGUUUGAAACUGUGGAUUGAGAGGCUGAGGGAGCCAUCGUCAUCCUCUCACUCUGGGUUUGACUAGUCUUGCCUGCUCUGCUGCAUGUCACAAAUGCCUCUGCUUCUAAGCUCUUCAAGACAUGACCGCUCUCAAUUGGUUUGCUUUCAGAUUAAUGACAACGCAAAGAAAAAAAACUAAUAGCAAUUUCUUCUCUCUGGCAUCGUUGUGAUGAAAAGUCUGCAAAAACUGAAAUAAAUUUAAAAAAACUUAAAAUGAA